GUGUCAGUCGCCGCCGCCGUUAAUAUUUGUCGGCGCAGGGCUCUGGUUCCCGCGUAAAAAUUUGUCAAAGAACGCUUGCAUAUUUAUUGUUUAUCGAAGUGUUGUGAAGGAUAGUUGUAUUGCUGUUUUACUAUUUUUGCAAUUGAAAUAUUUAAGGAAAUAAAUUAUUAUGUCUAGCCCCGCAAGAACUCCUAACAGCGGUAUAACCUCUAAGGGCCAGAAGACACCAACACGUUCUAUCAAUGUCCAAGAUGCAGAGACACCAAUGCGUAUGGGACCGAAUCAACAUGCCCAGCCUUCGGACAACAUAAGUUUACCUCCUACUUCACCGGGUAAUAUAAGCUUACCAGCAACCAGCCCAGCUAGAGGUCUGGGAGCCAAUAUGAGCGAAAUUGACUUGAGUUCUCCUUUAAAUUAUGGUACACCCAGUUCAAUGGGUUCUAUAAGAACUCCACGUUCAGGCAUCCGAGGAACGCCGUUGCGUGCAAGACCUGACAUUCGUACAGACAAAAAAAUGCGUCAAGUAGCAAUCGCCGGUACUGGGCUGGAACCAAUACCAGAACGCGUUUCUGAAACAACAGAUCCAGUGUCGGAAGCAUCUACAGCUCCGCAGAUGGUAGUUUGGGGCACAAAUGUUGUUGUUAGUCAUUGCAAAACUAAGUUUAAACAAUUUUUACUACGCUAUAUUGAUCCCACUGCUGAGCAAGAUGAAAUAUCUGAAAAUAUAGAUGUAAAUCAACCAUUGUAUUUGCAAAAGUUGGAAGAAAUUCAUACUCUCGAGGAGCCGUACUUGAAUUUAAAUUGUUCUCAUUUGAAGACGUUUGAUGAGGCUUUAUAUCGCCAACUGAUUUGUUACCCCCAGGAAGUCAUACCAAGUUUUGACAUGGCCGUCAACGAAAUGUUCUUCGAACGUUACCCCGCUGCAGUGUUGGAACAUCAAAUCCAAGUUCGACCCUUCAAUGCUGAUAAAACUCGUAAUAUGCGUUCGCUCAACCCUGAGGAUAUGGAUCAAUUGAUUAGUAUUAGUGGCAUGGUCAUUCGUACCUCAAAUGUUAUACCCGAAAUGCGAGAAGCAUUUUUCAAGUGUAUUAUUUGUGAUUUUGUGACUACCGUGGAGGUUGAUCGUGGUCGAAUUGCCCAGCCUACAUUGUGUACAAAUUGUAAUACGAAUCAUUGCUUCCGCUUGGUUCAUAACCGUUCCGAAUUCACGGACAAGCAAUUGGUAAAAUUACAAGAAUCGCCGGAUGAUAUGGCAGCUGGCCAAACGCCUCAUAACGUUCUCUUAUAUGCUCACAAUGAUUUAGUCGAUAAGGUACAGCCCGGUGAUCGUGUUACAGUGACUGGCAUCUAUCGCGCUACACCCAUGAAAAAUAGUAAUACUUCAUCCAGUGUAAAGAGCGUCUAUAAAACACAUGUCGAUGUUGUUCAUUUCCGCAAAGUUGAUAAUAAACGCUUAUAUGAAGAGGAAGAAGGCAAAGACCAUAUAUUUCCCCCAGAACGAGUGGAAUUGUUGCAUGCUCUCUCACAAAAACCAGAUAUAUACGAUAGAUUGGCCCGUGCUAUUGCACCAUCGAUCUAUGAAAAUGAUGACAUUAAAAAAGGAAUUCUUUUGCAGUUGUUUGGUGGCACUAAGAAGAAACAUUCCACUUUGGGAAGACAAAACUUUCGAUCUGAAAUCCAUUUGUUGUUAUGUGGAGACCCAGGAACGUCCAAGUCGCAAAUGUUGCAGUACGUUUUCAAUUUGGUACCACGUUCACAAUACACAUCGGGACGUGGUUCAUCUGCUGUCGGCUUAACAGCAUAUGUAACGAAAGAUCCAGAAACCAGGCAAUUGGUAUUGCAAACUGGUGCCCUUGUUUUAGCUGAUAAUGGUGUCUGCUGUAUUGAUGAAUUUGAUAAAAUGAAUGAUGCUACCCGUAGUGUUUUACACGAAGUUAUGGAACAGCAAACCUUAAGUAUUGCAAAGGCCGGAAUCAUUUGUCAAUUGAAUGCUCGUACUUCUAUAUUAGCAGCUGCCAAUCCAGCUGAGAGUCAAUGGAACAAAAAGAAAAAUAUAAUUGAUAAUGUUCAUUUGCCACAUACUUUGUUGUCACGUUUCGAUUUAAUUUUCUUGGUUCUCGAUCCUCAAGAUGAAAUAUUUGAUCGUCGUUUGGCAGGACAUUUAGUGUCAUUGUACUAUGUAACUCGGCAUGAGGAAGAGGAUACAAUGUUUGACAUGAGUGUUUUGCGUGAUUACUUAGCUUAUGCCCGCGAACACAUUGCUCCUACUCUUUCUGAAGAAGCUCAACAACGUUUAAUACAAGCGUAUGUUGACAUGCGCAAAGUUGGUGCUGGACGCGGACAGAUUUCCGCUUAUCCACGUCAGCUUGAGAGUUUAAUUCGUCUUUCAGAAGCACAUGCUAAAGUUCGUUUAAGUCAGCAAGUAACAGUUCAAGAUGUGGAGGAAGCCUGGCGUUUACAUCGUGAAGCUCUUAAGCAAUCGGCCACAGAUCCUUUAUCGGGCAAAAUAGACGUUGGUAUUUUAACAACUGGCCUUUCAACAGCUGCUCGUAAAAAGCGUGCCGAUUUAGUGGCGGCCAUUAAAGAGAAUCUUCAAAAGAAAGGCAAAAUACCAACAGUGCCAUAUCAAAAACUUUUCAAAGAAAUUAAAGAAGCUUCACAAAUUCUUAUUACUCGCGAACAGUUUGAAGACGCUCUUAAAGAAAUACAAGACGAGGGCACCAUUGUUGUUAUGGGUAAAAAUACCAUACGUAUUUGUUAAGUUUUUUUAACCAUUUCCAAUAAUUUUUUCAUGUUUACCAUUAAAAUUUAUCUGUUAAAAAUCAAAUUGUUA